CAGAAACACAAACCAUGCAUCCGCGCUCUUCAACUUUACUCCCCUCUGUCUACCCCGAAAUCAUCUCUUCUUCUUCAUCUUCUUCUUCACAUCUUUUUAGUGCUCUGGGUGGACUUUUACACUAUUUUUCUGGACGCCAAGCAGGAAAUUGAAACUCCAUAAAGCGUUGGUUGAAGUUUGAAUCACCUCCACCUACAUGGAUAACUAUGGAGUACAUACUGCAUCGAAACCUUCAAGGAGAAGGAGGAGUAAUUUGAAUCGUCGUCCUCCAACUCCACAUGAAUCAGAUUCUCCCAAACAAGAGAAUCGUGAUUCUAUUUCUCUGUCAUCAACACCAUCAGACCAUGUCAGUGAUGCACCAACUGAAGGGAACAUUGUUCAAGAAGCUACAAUAUGGAGCAAGGGACUAAAUUCCAAUCAAUUCAUUUCCACGGCGUCGUGUACUAACCUUUCCGAGGCUGAAACAAUGCACGAGAGUAAUGACGAUAAAGAAUCUUCUCAAGUUAAUGCCGCAGGAACAAGCUGGAAGAGUUUGAAAACGGACAGAAAUAAAACGAGCGAAAUAGUAAUUGGCAGUCACCACUCCGGUAAACCAGGAUCGGUAUCUGAUGGACCCGGAACGAAGUUGAAUAAGCUCAAACUCAAGGUUGGAGGUGUGACGCAUACAAUUCACAGAAGAUCCAGUUCCGAUGGUUCUUCGAUAGCUGCCCCAGAUACCGCUUGUCCUCCUCGUAUGCUGAGUUUUCAGGAUAAUCCUAAUCUUCGUUUGACGGGCAAGAAAGGGGGCCUCAGUGGUGUGCCAUGGAGAGACUUUUCCAAAACUGGUUUUAGUCUCCGGAAAGUGGAUUCUUUCGGGGUGGAUAUACCUGAAGAAUCUGUAAAGCAAGCUGUGAAACAUAUCGGGCGGUCAUCUAAAAGCAAAUCUGUGAUGAAGAAAUAUUCGUCUGAUGACGUAUACGGUGAGGAAGAUGAUGACGACGAUGAUGACGAGAUUCGAUACCUACAAAAGCUCAGAACUUCCAAAAUUGCAUCGGACGAUAAUAUAGACUAUGACGAUGAAAGCAGAGGCAAGAAAUUGCGAAAGUUAUCUCGGGUAUUGAAUAGAAAUAGUGAUGAGUAUGCUUCGGUAAUUGGAGAUUAUGACUCGUCGAGAUCAGGCAAAGAAAGUAAGAAAUCCAAAUCGGUGAGAGCAUUUGAGGAUACUGAGUAUAUGGAAGAGGAAGGAUCAGCAUCUGAAGGUGAGAUCAAACACGAGAACAAGAAACAGACGAAGGAGGUGACUGAUUUCUCUGAAUAUUCGAAAGGAAGUUCGAUCACCACUCGCCGGAGGGCUAAUCUGACCGGCAGAGACAUCUCACCGGGUUUAGUUGCUAAUUCAGUCCAAUUUCCAGACGGGCUUCCACCGGCCCCACCAAGAAAGCCAAAAGAGCAGCUAACUGAAGAGGAGCAACAGCUGAAAAGAGUUGAGGCUGCCCAAAGGCGUAAAAUUCAAAAUGAGAAGGCUGCUCGUGAGUCCGAGGCCGAGGCAAUUAGGAAAAUCUUGGGUCAAGAUUCAAGCAGGAAAAAGCGAGAGGAGAAAAUUAAGAAACGACAAGAGGAAUUAGCUCAGGAGAGGAGUGCGAAUGCUGCUACAGUUGCAUCCAAUGUUGUUCGAUGGGUGAUGGGACCUUCUGGAACAAUUGUUACAUUUCCUCAUGAUAUUGGUCUCCCAAGUAUAUUUGAAUCGAAUCCUUGCAGCUAUCCUCCUCCGCGAGAGAAAUGUGUGGGUCCCGCGUGUACAAAUGCGUACAAGUACAGAGAUUCAAAGUCGAAGAUGCCUCUUUGCAGCCUUAGAUGCUACAAGGCGGUGCAUGACAAGGUACAACCUCUGCAUGCUUGUUAGACUGGUUGCGCUGUGGCCCCCCUUUCGUGACUUUGUUUUCAAGCAAAAGGGAUAAAGUACGUUUUCAUACUUGUAGUUGUAUAUAUACCUUAUGGGAAAAAUAACUACUUAGAGGUGUGCUUUCACUCGAAUAGAUGUAUAUCGUAUCUAUAACCCUCUUUCGGUUUUCAUGUAUCGUGGUUUUUAGUGUACUUGUUUUGUAUGUGUGAAAAAUGUAACGGUGCGAAAAGAAAAUAGAAAUUAAGAUAUAUGAAGCAUAUGAUGAAAUCUUUGGUUAAAUCAUGCAACUGGUAUCAUGGUCAAAAUGUUAUUGUUGAUGGUGUUUCUAUUAUGGGUAUACUUGGACGUUCGUUAACAACUAUAAACGUUCAACGUGUACUGAUUUUG